UAAGGUUUUGUACGCCAUCUUGGAUCAUGCAAUAUGCUCCUGCCAUCAUUAAUAUCUUUCUAUGCACCUUUCUUUCCUCAUUUCUCGUUUCUCUUCCCUAACUGAAAGCAAAAUAAUUAUUUCACAACAAAAUUCUCUCUCAUUCACCCUUUGCAGUUCACCUACCAUAGUAACAGACACUCACGCCCCAAUAUAUAUACUCACAAAAUCAUAUUCAAGUUAGCUGAGAUGAGAAUUUCGGCUUAAGUGCGUGUUUGGAAAUUCUUACACAAUUAAUAUUAAAGAUAAAAUCAAUUCUUCGUAUAAGAUUCUGUGAGUAACUUCUAGGCAUCAUUAUGAUGAAUGAAAAGCUGAUUCAUGAUCCAAAUUUUGGGAUGACAUAGCUGUCAACUGAGUUUGUUGUAUGGAUCACAGUUUUUGUUUCUUCUGCUUCUGGUCUGUUUGUUCUUCAAUUUUGUUCUUGCUUUUCUUGCUUUUAGUCAAAGGAAGUAGCCUUAGCCAUCUUGCUCUUGGGAGAUCAAAGAGGAAGUUCUACUAUCAUCUAUCAGGUGACAUGAACAACAUCAUCACCAUGCAAAGCUUAACUGAAAGACUAAGACCCCUUGUGGGUUUGAAUGGCUGGGACUACUGUGUCUGCUGGAAAUUGAGUGAAGACCAAAGGUUUCUUGAGUGGUUUGGAUGCUGUUGUGCUGGCACUGAUAACAAUCAAAAUGCUGGGGAAGAACACAUUUUUCCUGUCUCUUCAGCUGCUUCAUGCAGGGAUACCAUGAUUCCACACCCUAGAACAAAAACCUGUGAUCUUCUUUCCCAACUUACCACUUCCAUACCCACAGAUUCAGGGAUUCAUGCACAGACCCUAUUAACAAACCAACCCAAUUGGUUGAACUAUUCCAAUAGUUUGGAUCCAAACACUUUGGAAGAAACAAUUAAUGGGACCCAGGUUUUGAUUCCUGUACCAGGUGGACUAGUAGAGCUGUUUGUAACAAAACAAGUCCCUGAAGAUCAUCAUGUGAUAGAUUUUGUCACAGCACAGUGCAUUGUGUUGAUGGAUCAGGAAGCAGUGAACCUCUCAGCCAGCAUCAACAUUGAUGUAAAUUCAAUGAGCAACAUGCAAUCAAAUCCACUUCUAGGGGAUGAAAAUGAAGGGAACAACAAUAACAACAGGAACCAUAUUCAUUUCCAGCCAUCAGAAACUUCAAGUCUCCCACAUGACAUCUCUAUGAACCGCAUUGGCCUCUGCAAUUCCCCACUGAACUUCAUGCAGCAUUUCAAUUACGACCAGAACAACAGAAUGAAAAACAAUACCUUUUCUGAAGAAUACCAAGGUUCAUUCCUUUAUGACAAGCAAGGUAACUUACUGAAUUCCAAAGCAGAGGAGGAACAUGACACAUAUCAGAAAUGCUUGAUGAGUACUGAUACUCAAUAUGUGGAUCCCUUGGACAACAAGGAGAAGCAAGAACACAAGGACUUGAUGAAACAUGUUGUUGGCCGUUCAGAUUCAAUGUCAGAUUGCAGUGACCAGAAUGAAGAAGAGGAUGAUGGGAAAUACAGGAGAAGAAAUGGGAAAGGAAACCAGUCCAAAAACCUUGUAGCUGAGAGGAAGAGAAGGAAGAAGCUGAAUGACAGACUGUAUAACCUUCGUUCUCUGGUUCCAAGAAUUUCCAAGCUGGAUAGAGCAUCCAUUCUUGGGGAUGCCAUUGAGUUUGUGAAGGAUUUGCAGAAGCAAGUGAAAGAGCUCCAGGAUGAGCUUGAGGAAAAUUCAGACACAGGAGCUGAAAGCAACUGCAUCAAUGGAAAUAAUGGCCAACCAGAUAUUCCAAAAGCAGAACAUGGUAAGAAUCAAAAUGGAUUUCAUGUGGGGGCACCAGGGAAUGGCUAUGUGUCAAAACAAAAGCAGGAAGAUGCUUCUGCCACUGACAAGCAAACACAGCAAAUGGAGCCUCAAGUGGAAGUGGCUCUCAUAGAUGGGAAUGAGUACUUUGUGAAGGUGUUCUGUGAGCACAGGCCUGGAGGGUUUGGGAAAUUGAUGGAGGCUUUGAACACCCUUGGCAUGGAUGUAGUACAUGCCACAGUGACCAGCCACAAGGGGCUGGUGUCAAAUGUUUUUAAAGUGGAGAAAAAGGACAGUGAAAUGGUUGAGGCUGAGGAUGUAAGAGACUCACUACUAGAGCUUACAAGGAACAGAACAAGAGGGUGGAGUCAUGAGAUGACAGCAACAUCAGAAAAUGGUGUGGGCAGCAGGGAACAGCAUCACCUCAACAACCACCAGAUGGGUGCUUAUCAUCCGCACCAAUUUCAUAGUUAAAAUUUCAAUAUGUCCUCUCACAAGCUUUGUCAUUAGCUAAACAUUUUUCAAAAUGUUGAAUUUAUACAUUGGAUAAGCUGAAUACAAGCAUUCAUUAGUAG